CGAACACACAGGAAGCGCCCUAAGAUUGACACACAACAGAGUUGGAACGGUAGCUGGCAGGCUAGCUAGCUCGGUAACUUAUAAUGAUACGGAUGAAACGAACUCAGUUUACUUCUAUAAUUCUGAAAAUGAACGACCGUUUGGAUCCUAUUGAAGAACAAAAUUCGACCCCAAGGCGGGAAACGGGCAGAGUUGUUUAACAUCAAGAGUUCUGUUGUUUUGGUGCGCUGUUAGCUAGCACUGGCUAGCAAGUCAGAUAGUCUGGCUACGAACGGACUGAUGUUUGUAUUCAGUCAGUGCCGUCAACUGGUAAGAUAAUCAUAUUUGGAAUGUAAUAAGAAGUACAACUAAAACCUGACAUUUGGACUUUCGGAUAUGAAUAUGAAGUGUCAUGGAAUGGUUGGACUUGAUUACUAUUAGCAAGUUAGCUUACGUUAGCUAGCAAGCUAAAAAGACAUUUACAUUGCGCCACCUACGCAGCUCGCGCUUUUUCCAAACAUGUAUGAAAUGGAGACUCACAUAUCUUGCCUUUUCCCGGAAAUUUUAGCCAUAAUAUUUAGUUAUUUGGACGUAAAGGAUAAAGGGAGAGUCGCUCAAGUGUGCGCGGCCUGGAGAGACGCGUCCUACCACAAGUCAGUGUGGAGGGGGGUGGAAGCAAAGCUCCAUCUACGCCGAGCCAACCCGUCACUGUUCCCCAGCCUGCAGGCGCGAGGUAUCAAGAAGGUGCAGAUUCUCAGUCUCCGCAGGAGUCUCAGCUACGUCAUACAAGGGAUGCCCCACAUCGAAAGCCUUAACCUUUGCGGAUGCUUUAAUCUGACAGACAACGGGCUGGGACAUGCCUUCGUGCAGGAUAUCCCAUCCUUGCGUGUACUAAACCUCAGCCUUUGUAAACAGAUCACGGACUCGAGCCUCGGGAGGAUCGCCCAGUACCUCAAAAACCUUGAGGUGCUGGAGUUAGGUGGGUGCAGCAACAUCACCAACACAGGCCUGCUCCUGGUCGCCUGGGGCCUGCACAAACUCAAGAGCCUUAACCUGCGUAGCUGCAGACACGUGUCUGAUGUAGGCAUCGGCCACCUGGCAGGGAUGACCCGGAGCGCGGCCGAGGGCUGUCUCUCCCUGGAGCAGCUCACGCUGCAGGACUGCCAGAAGCUCACAGACCUGGCCCUCAAGCAUGUCUCCAAGGGCCUGAACAAGCUCCAGGUGCUCAACCUCAGCUUCUGCGGAGGAAUCUCUGACGCGGGCAUGAUCCACCUGUCCCACAUGGCUCACCUGUGCAGCCUGAACCUGCGUUCCUGCGACAACAUCAGUGACACUGGCAUCAUGCACCUGGCCAUGGGCUCCCUGCGCCUCUCUGGCCUAGACGUGUCCUUCUGUGACAAGGUGGGUGACCAGAGCCUGGCCUACCUGGCGCAGGGCUUGUACCAGCUCCGCUCGCUCUCGCUCUGCUCGUGUCACAUCAGCGACGACGGCAUCAACCGCAUGGUGCGCCAGAUGCAGGAGCUGAAGACCCUGAACAUCGGCCAGUGCGUGAGGAUCACCGACAAGGGGCUGGAGCUGAUCGCCGACCAUCUGACCCAGCUGACGGGGAUCGACCUGUACGGCUGCACCAAGAUCACCAAGCGAGGCCUGGAGAGGAUCACCCAGCUGCCCUGCCUUAAAGUGCUGAACCUGGGCCUCUGGCAGAUGACUGAGAGUGAGAAAGUGAGGUGAAGCUUUUCUGAGUGACCAAUGGGAGCCCAGCGAGGAGAAUGGGUGACCAAUGGGAGCCCAGCGAGGAGAAGGGGAUGCUUCAGGCGUGAUCCCUGACGUCCUCUGAAAGACUGGUGGUUGCAUCACCUUUAAUAACUACCACGCUGUGACUUCCAACAUUAUCACUAUUGUAACAUUGUCUUACUGCAAUAUUCCACCUGAUUUUGAUAACCAUCUAAAAUCUUCUGCUUUCUUUCUCUUUCGAUACAUUCUUGGUUUCUGUAAAGUUUGUACAAGCUAGCUACCUCGUCCAUCAACUGGAGUGCCUGGGAAAUUCAACCCCAUUACAGAACACCCUGGGUCACAUGGGGUUUGGCCCCUUCAACUUCCCCUUUAAUUGUUUACCAGUGUUAAAAAGAAAACAAUAGAGAAUACAGUAGCAGGUCCCAUAUGAAAGUAGGCUUCAUUGUUUUGAACAGCUGGGAUGCCUUGGAUGGACGCUUGGAAUAAGUCAGUGUGUUUUUGCUGCCGUAUGUAUUUUUAUAAUGAAUGGCUCUGGUUUAGAACAUUGUACUUCAAAUUGAAGUGAACACUUUUCUCCGUCAGUUUUUCCCUUCUAAUCCAACUGUUAGUUCGUAGCUGUCUGUUUUUCCCAGGAGUUAUUCUGUAAACAGAUAUGGACCCCCCCCUCCCCUUCUCCUCCUCUUCUCCCCCCUCCUCUUCUCCCCCCCUCCUCUUCUCCCUCCCCCCCAUCUCCUCUUCUCCCUCCCCUCUCCCCCUC